AUGUCGUCGCGCACCGCUACCCGAGCUCUGCGUGCUCAAGCCGCUCAGCUUGCGAAGCCAGCGGUUCAGCAACGUAGCUUCGUGACCGCCAUCCAGGCUGCGAAGGUCGCCAAUGGCGUUGCCGCGAAGAAGAGCACGGCUUCACUUUCGUUCCAGCAGACGCGAGGUGUGAAGACGAUUGACUUCGCCGGAACCAAGGAGAAGGUCUACGAGCGUGAGGACUGGCCGAGGGAAAAGCUUCUUGAAUACUUCAAGAACGACACCCUCGCUCUCAUCGGCUACGGCUCGCAAGGUCACGGCCAAGGUCUCAACCUGCGCGACAACGGCCUGAAUGUCAUAAUCGGCGUCCGGAAAGAUGGCACCUCAUGGAAGGAGGCUCAGCAAGACGGCUGGGUCCCUGGCAAGAACCUGUUCGACAUUGACGAGGCCAUCACCCGUGGUACCAUCAUCAUGAAUCUGCUGAGCGACGCCGCCCAGAAGGAGACCUGGGCGCACAUCAAGCCGCAGUUGACCAAGGGCAAGACCCUCUACUUCUCCCACGGCUUCUCCCCCGUCUUCAAGCACCUCACCACCGUCGAAGUCCCCAAAGACAUCGACGUCAUCCUCGUCGCCCCCAAGGGCUCCGGCCGCACCGUGCGUACUCUCUUCAAAGAGGGCCGCGGUAUCAACUCCUCCGUUGCCGUCUUCCAGGAUGUCACCGGCAAGGCCGAAGAGAAAGCCGUCGCCCUCGGCGUCGCCGUCGGCUCCGGCUACCUCUACAAGACCACCUUCGAAAAGGAGGUCUACUCUGACCUGUACGGUGAACGCGGCUGCCUCAUGGGCGGCAUCCACGGCAUGUUCCUCGCCCAGUACGAGGUGCUCCGCGAGCGCGGCCACUCGCCCUCCGAGGCCUUCAACGAGACCGUCGAGGAGGCUACCCAGAGCCUGUACCCGCUCAUCGGCGCCAACGGGAUGGACUACAUGUACGCCGCGUGCUCGACCACCGCGCGCCGUGGCGCCAUCGAUUGGAGCAAGAAGUUCCGCGAGGCGCUGAAGCCCGUGUUCAACGAGCUGUAUGAUCGCGUCGCCGACGGUAGCGAGACGCAGCGAUCGCUGGACUAUAACAGCCGCCCGGAUUAUCGGGAGUUGUAUGAGAAGGAGAUGAAGGAGAUCCAGGAUUUGGAGAUCUGGAGGGCGGGCAAGGCCGUUCGCUCUCUCCGCCCGGAGAACAUCAAGUAAACGGCUCGGUAUAUAUCUCGGCCGGUCUAGACCAUUGAAGUUUAUGGGCUUGCUUGACCUCGCAAGAGUCGAAUUUCCUUUUGUAUUAUAGGCGC